AUGACGUGGUCAUUCUUCUAUUGCCCCGUGAUUUAUGACCCGGAACCAAUUUCCUGCAGUCAAGACCAAAGGAAAAGGAGCUUCGAGAGUAUCCCCCUUAAUGGGUGCUUCGUUCCAACAUUAUUCAACCGAACUGAGGAAUUUCGUGGUGACAUUCCACAUCACUUUUCGCUGCUCAUCGCUAGCACUACAAUCAGCAUUGUCAGGAUGUUUGCCUGUGGUACACUGACAGAGUCUCAGCUUCCUCACUGGUCAGCCAUGAGUGCCAACAACGCUUUCAACAGCACAAGCAACUUCACUUCCUUCCAUCAACAGGCUUUACCCUUAUCACCGCCACCCGACACUCGCCCUGCACAUUUUGGACACGUGACAACGCCCACCUAUAAUGGCGUGAGUGCUGCUCCCUACUCGCACCUUCAGAAUCACUACAACGCCUUCGCCAACGGCAUCGCACCGCCCAUGCUCUCUCCUCCAGCCGAGAAACCCGUCACGCCCCCGAAGGAGCCGCACACAUCCAUCUGGUGGAACAAUGCCCCUUACGCUACUCCGCCGUCACAUGCUGCUUCCAACUACCACUUUCACCGUCACCAGUACGACAGCCUUGGACUGGGUGGCGUGGCACACAUGACUCCACCUGUUCCUCAGCCCAUUCCGGGUGCCGUCACUCAGGAUGCCAUUCUUCACCAACAAACCAACAUCGCCGCCGCUCUCCUCACCGCUCAGUCAUCGGUCAGUGUUCGGCGUUGUCGACGAUGCCGUUGUCCUAACUGCCAGGACACUUCUAGAGACACUUCAGCUACCAAGAAGAGGGAGCACAUCUGUCAUGUCCCAGGAUGUGGCAAGGUUUAUGGCAAGACUUCUCACCUGAAGGCACAUCUGCUCUCACAUAGUGGAGAACGUCCCUUCGUGUGCAACUGGAUCUUCUGCAAUAAGGCUUUUACUCGAUCCGAUGAACUUCAGCGCCAUCUACGAACGCACACCGGUGAAAAACGUUUCCAGUGUGAGGAGUGUGGAAAACGUUUCAUGCGUUCUGAUCACCUGAACAAGCACGUCAAGACUCACGAGAACCGACGUGCCCGUGUUGCUUCUGCUUCUACCCAAGAUGACGACGUUGACGUGGAAGUUUGUGAUGAAACGGAAUUUUUCUCUGUCACUCUGCCAGACUCGCCUGUGUCUGAAACGGAGUUUCAGGAGCCUAAUGAUAUAAAGGAGAUUUCUCAGAACCACACUUUCAGCCAGUUUUUAUAA